AUGGUCACUGAAAUAAAUCAGAAGCAGAAACUGUGGAGAGCAAAGGCGUAUAAGCAGUUUGAGGGGAAAACAUACGACGAACUCUUGAGUAUGGCUGGUGGAAAGAGAUCGAUAGUGACGGAGUGGCCACAAGCCGCUCCACUGACGAUGGAACUGAAGCAGAGAGCCUCGUACCUGCCCAAGCAGUGGGACUGGAGGAACGUCGACGGCGUCAACUACGUGUCUCCUGUGAGGGACCAGGCGAAUUGCGGGAGCUGCUUCGCGUUCGCGUCAGCCGCCAUGCUGGAAUCUCGGCUGCGCAUCAAGACCAACAACACGCUGCAGCCGGUGCUGUCGGUGCAGGACCUGAUGGGCUGCAGCGUGCUCGACCAGGGCUGCUCCGGGGGCUUCGCAUACCUCGCUGGAGGCCGCUACGGAAAGGACUACGGCUUCGUGGAGGAGGAAUGCAACCCGUACCUGGGCGUGGACGGGGCGUGCACCACCAACCAGACCUGCAAGCGGUACUUCGUGUCUGACUACAGCUACGUGGGCGGCUACUACGGCGGCGGCAACGAGGUGCUGAUCCAGGAGGCGCUGGUGCAGAACGGGCCCGUGGCGGCCGGCUUCAUGGUGUACGACGACUUCCGGCAGUACGCGGGUGGCGUGUACAAGCACGUCGAGACCAGGGUCGACUUCAACCCCCGCGUGCCAACCAGCCACGCUGUUCUGAUUGUGGGCUACGGAGUAGACGACGCUUCUGGCGAGAAGUACUGGAUCGUGAAGAACAGCUGGGGCGCCGAGUGGGGCAACAGCGGCUACUUCCUGAUGCUGCGCGGCGUCAACGAGUGCGGCAUCGAGAGCAACACCGUCGAGGCCACGCCCAUCCCCUAG